AAGAGCAAUUAGUAUUUGAUAAUUUUAUACGAUUUUACGUAACAAAAAAAAUUUCGCUUUUUCUAUGUGUUAUGUUCCCUUUAUGUGUGCGAAUGUUUUUAUUUAUUUGAGAGCAAUUAAAAGAAGGAAAUUUUCAUGACUUCGUACUUUCAUUUUAUGUGUGAAAAUGUCUUUUAAACUCUCCGAAAAACUACCGGUCGUUGAGUCUCCCUCUAAAAGUAACAAAUGCAAGAAUUUUUUGGUUUCUAUUUUGAGCCCUUCCGCAUCAAAAAAAUCCAAAUCCUCAAAGAAAAAAUUAUUCAAACAGUCCCAUGAUUCCCAAGAAGUAAAUCAUCCUGUGAAGAUAUAUAAAACUUCUCUGCCAUCUGAUGAUUUAAAUGAGCCUAUAUAUUCAGAUAUUCAUAUUUCAAGUGAUUCAUUCAAUUUGCCAUCAACUUCUACGUACAAAAAAUUUCAAGAAUUUGAAGAAUCAAGUAUUCGAACUAAAUCAUCAUCUGUAUCAAAGAAAUCAACUAGUACCGCUGUAAACGAUCCAGGCCUUCAUGAAAAAUCAGUCAUUAGCGUUAAAAGCGAACCAGUGUAUGCCACUGUUGACAAAAGGCAAAAGGGUUCAGAUGAUCAAUCAACAAAUUCUGAAAUGCAUAAAUCUCAAAUUGCUGAGUAUUCAGAAGGAGGUGAAAAAACUGCAUUGAAAGAAAUAAGUAACCAUUACAAGGGUUCAAGCUGUAUAUCUCAUAGCUUAACAUUACCGAAAGUAGGAGAAAGUGAAACAGAUGAAGAUGUGAAAAUUUUGCAGCAUAGACUAAAAGAACUUUCAGAAGAUAACAGAAAACUUCAAAAACAUGUACAAAAUCUGAUGAUGGAAGAGAAAUGGAAAGACAGUCAAGUGCAUGCAGAACUCCAAUUAAAAAUUACAGAACUCGAAGCAGAAACAAGAAGAGAAGUGAAAUCUUUGUCAGACAAUAUACAGAUUCUGACUAGAGAGAGGAGAGUUAUGUCAGAGCAAAUUCAUAGUCUUCAUGAAGAAAAAAAGACACUUCAAACAGAGUAUAAUAAUUUACUACAAAGAACGAAGUCUAUGAUAUCACCUGAGGAGUACAAAAGAACUUCUGAUGCUCAUAAAAGGUUAUUAAAUGAAGAACAAAAGAAACAUCAAGAAGAAAUAAGCAAAUUGAAACAACAAUAUGAUGCACUGAAUGAAACAAAAAAUUUUCUUGCGAUACAAAUUGAAGACAUGCAAGAUAAAUUGACUAUGUUGGAAUCAAAAAAUGAGGAUCUUGAGAAGUCAAAUGAGAAAUUUCUUUUAGAAAAAAAUCAGUUACUUCAACAAUUAGAAGAUAUAAAAGACAGUGAACAUGGUGCUAAAAGUAUUCUACAUUCACUUCUGGAAGUGACAGAAAGCAUAGCUUUGGAGCGUGAUAUUCUGUUGAGCAAGGUUACUUUUGAAGAUUUUCGUCAAAAACAAGUCCAAAGUACUUUAGUCAAUUACAGUCUGAAUAUUGGAAGACUUCAAGAACACAUUUCAAAUCUAAGUAAAGAGAAAUUGGAAGAACUGUUCAAUCUUAAAAUUAGCCAAGCCCAGUAUGAUGAAACUUUAAAGCAAGUUUAUGGGAAACAGUUUGAUACUUUGAGAGAGAAAAUAAUUAAUCAAAAUAAUACCAUAAGUGUGCUACAGAAUGAAAAGAGCAAGUUAGAACUUCAGCUUGAAAGUGUAUGGCAAGCCACUUGUGGCAGCAAUUUAAAACCACUGCAGCAAGUAAAUAACCAUUUUCCAAUUACAAAAUAUUAACAGAUUCAAGAUUCUAUACCUAAAAGACAGAAAUUAAGCUUCUGCAAAUGCACACUUUUGUUCCUAUUUGUAAUUUUUAUCUAUAUAUUUUUUGGAAUAUUUUUAUACAUUUAACAUUAUUCUUGUAAAUUCUAUUAAAAAUUAUAAUGUAUAUAUAAAUUCCAUUAUAAAAUGUUCAGUUAUUUGUAUGCAACUUAAAACUGAAUCAAAAUGUAUGAUAAUGUAAAAAUUAUAUUUUUAUUGUAAAAAUAGUUUGAAAAUUUAUUAAUAAAAUAGUAUAACAGUA